GAGGUGUUCUUCAAGUUGACCCUCCCCCACGACGGCACGGUGAUCAAGCACCUCGCGCAGCGCUACCAAUCAAAUGCCUUUCCAGCUGGAGAAGACCACCAGGAUCAUAGAGUCGUACAACAACAGCCGCUCAUCCCCCAGGAGGAGGUUUACCAAGGAAAGGAACGCGAGGGACAUGUAUGGCCGUCCUGUUCCGGCCUAUACCACUUUUGAGUUUGAUGUCGCCGACGAUUUGGAGCCUUUUCGUCAGGUCGAUGAGAUUCGGCUUAUCCAGCUCUGUUUGACAGAUUGGUUGAACAUGUCUGAGCUGGUCCAGCAGGGCGUGGUCUCUAAAUGGUUCCCGGCGGCCAACUACGAUGCAGUGCAGACCCUCGGGAAGCAUUGGGGCAACAUACGCAAGGCUUGGAGCUGCGACGCCGUUCCCAACCUGGUCACUUUCAAGGUCGGAGACGGGAAGCCCCUGGGGGACGAGAUCCGGGACUACUUCGGGGAGGAGGUGGCUUUCUUCUGGAUGUGGUUCACGCACUACGUGCGGAUGCUGGUGCCCCUGGCCCUCGUGGGCACGGUCUGCGCGCUCCGCUACGUCGUCCUGGCCGAGAGCGCGCAGAGGCGCGUCGAGAUCGGGUUCUGCAUAGUCAUGUUGUUAUGGGCGACGGUCUUCUGCGACGUGUUCAAGAGAAAAACCGACCGCUGCAGGCAGCGGUGGGGGAUGAAGGAUUUUGAGGCCGUCAGUGCCGACCUCCACGGGUACAACGAAGCCGCGGAGGGGACGUGGCACAACGAAAUGAAGAGGCACUUGGCAGUGGUGGGCGUUGGCGCCUACUGCCUCUUUUUCAUGGGGGUCGUGGCCGUCGCCGAGUACAACCUCAAAGAGGCCCAGCGAAAGGGGGCGGCGACCAACGGCGCGCUGAUCACGGUUGGCAUUAUUCAGGGCGGCAGCUUCGUUUGGAACCGGAUCGCCCCCAAGCUGGCAGACCUUCAGAAUCACAAAACCCAGGCACGCUGGAAUGAUGCACUUGUUUGGAUUUUAUCUGGCCCGAAGCUCUUCGUUGUAUUGUAUCCGUUUCUCAGCGUUGCGUUUCUCAAGAAGUUCUACAAUCGGGAAUGCACAGAGCAGCAAUCUUCUAUCAUUGACCAGCAUGGUCUUGCCAAUCUUGCGUGGAUGACCUACUCUGGAAAUGGUUGGCCAUCUGGCAUCCCGAACAGAACAGAAUUGGAGAGUGCAGGAGGUCCUCACGACAUUGGUGAUAAGUUUGAUCUUUCGUGGUUCAGGCCCUACACAUAUCAGGGCGACAUGAAGCAGUGCAUAUGGGGAUGUUACCCCGUAGACUGUCGACAUGACAUUGAGGCGGGCUCCUUAAUCUCUGAGAAUGGGAACUGGGCUGCUUUUCGCAGCGAGUGGAGUUGCAAGACGAAUUGUUGGAUGGAAUUAACGGGAAGAUUAACGUCGUUCUGGGUAUUCCAGAUUAUCACGCAUCUGGUUUUCUUGGCUGUGCCGAUUGUGCUCAUGAGAGUGGAAGUCUACAAGGAACUAUAUGGUAAGAGCUCUCGACGCGAUCGACCUGCAGAAGACGGAGCGAGAGAGGCGUAUUCAUUCCUUCAGUACCAGGCGAAGUGCCCCUGACUUAGACAGUGCCCCGUAGCCCGGGCCCGCCUCCUUGCCGCGCGAUGCAGGGGGGAAACUUGGCGGUGAGG